AUGAAGAGAUUGUCAUUCAUCAACCGCGGCGCCGACGACGACGAGCCCGGGCGCGCGUGGCCCAUGGCGACCCGCGAAAGCCGUCGAUCCUCAUGGAGGGCGCUCCUCCUCGUCCCGCUCCUCGUCGCGGCGCUCGUCCUCGGCGCGCCCGCCGCCGCCGACGACGACGACGACGCGGAGGAGUUCACGACGGCGCAGUUUCUCGCCCCAACCGACGGAUCGCUGGUGACGUUCGACCCGUCCACCCUCUUCGGCGCCCUCGUCAACCACACCGUCGUCGUCGCCUUCACCGUGGAGUGGUGCGCGUUGUGUACGGGGUACGUGCCGGAGUUUGCGCGCGUCGCCGCCGCGUUCGCAAACGCAAACGCCACGGACGACGGCCUUACAUUGCCGGGAGAUGACGACGAUGAUGAAUCCGGCGAGGCAGAGGAAACAUCGCGACGACGACGACGAUCCCGCCAUCCCGAUCCCGGAUCCUCCUCCCAUAAAAAACUCGUCUUCGGGACGGUCGACGCCGAGACGCACAAGCGCCUCGCCGCAACCUUCGGCGUCACCAACGCACCGUACGUCGCGCUGCUCCGCAACGACGACUGGUACGAUCGCGACACCGGGGUGCCGCACGCGCCCGCUCCUCGGUUCGGCGGAUAUCUCGCCUUCGCGCCCACGGUGGAGUGGCUCAACGCACAUUUGGGAACGGACGUGCACGCCAAACCCAUCGUCGCCGACCUGAGCACGGAGACGAUCGACGCGUACGUGGCUGACCCGAACGCGGACGUCUUGGUGCAGUUCUACGCGCCGUGGUGCGGGCACUGCAAACAGUUUGCCAAAUUCUACCACGAGAUCGGCGCGCAUUUUUCGGCAGAUCCGACGGUGAAGAUCGCGAGGCUGGACGUGGACGCGCACCGCGCCGCGGCGGAUGCGUACGGCGUCACCGGGCUCCCUUCCCUGCAGCUGUUCCCGCGCGGGUACAAGCGGCGCGGCCUGCACUUUCGGGGUUCCGAGCGAACGCCCGCGAGGAUAAUCUCCUUUGUCAAAUCGCCGCAGGUGUACCUGGUGGACGCGACGGUGACGGACAUGCCGGAGUGGGACUGCGUGCUGUGGCUGGAGAGCCGCGGGGUGUUGGGACGCGGUGAGAUCAGCGGUAGGUUCGGCCUCACGCCGGAACAUCUGCGGGCGUUCGAAUCCGUGGCGAGGGACGGAACAAAAGGCGAAGGCGACACGGCUGACGGAAAAAACACAACUGGCGACACAUCCAACACAGCUGGCGACACAUCGGACGGAGGGACCACCCGUCGCGUAUCGUACGACGACAUCGAUUCCGCCGCGGACGCCGACGACGCCGCGCGCGCGAUGAUCGCCGCCGCGCAUUCGUGGGCCGGUCGUUCGCGUUGGCUCGAGACGAUGGAGAUCUUGACCUGCGUCUCGCACACCCCGGCGCUUCGUCGCACCGGGAUCGGAUCUUCGCCGGCGAUGUGGAACUUUUUGGACAACGCGAAGCUACACGUGGAGGACCCUUCGCUGGCGGGCGACUCGGCGGACGACUCAGGGUUGGACGGGGAGGAUUGGGACGACGGGGAGGAUGGGGGCGCGACGGGUUUCGCCGAGGCGGUGGCCAAGGCGGAGGCGGCGGCGAAGAGGCUCGAAGACGGCGAGGACGGCAAAGAAGACGGCAAAGAAGACGGCGUAGAAGACGGAUCGGCAUCGUUUGACUGGCACGCGUGGGAGGAGUUCACCGCGAGACGGGUCGGGGACAGCGCGGGGGAACACCGCGAGCUCGCGACGGAGGAGUUUGACGAUCCGGAGGAUGGGGUGGACGAGGGACCGACAGAGACCGACGAGACGCGAGACGAGCUGUGACGAGGGCGCAGACGUGUGUGUGUGUCGUUCUAUACGAAGGAACCUUACGAAGGUGACACUUGGCCGGAAUUGGGAUUUCCCCCGCAGGCUUCUUAUUUUUCUACCUUCGUGCCUUCGUACCUUCGAAGGUACGAAGGAACCCUAGAGGCACCCGACGACCAUGGAACACCACCACGCGCACGAGACCGUGGCGUGGAGGUCGGAGUCCACGAAGGUGCUGCGCCACCUCUGGGACAUCCGCCCGGCUAAUUUCCACCGAAAGGAGCGAGUCCUUGUGGGGGCAUUACACUUAAAACCCUG